UUCCACAUCAACAAAAUGGCGGCCGGCGAUUCUGUGACGUCAGGCGAUCACACCCUAUUCUCACGGGUUCUGAAAUCAGACGAGCAACUGAUCUACAAAAUCAAACUCUAUUCGCGUAUUAUAAGAGCCAAUCUGGGAAUAUUGUGGCAGUUGUAUAACGCUUGGAUUUAUCCUUUGAAAAAAAAAAAAAGAAAUAGAGAUCCCAAUAGAAACAGAAAUUUCCUCGAAUUACCGGUAACCAGUAACGGUGACGUCACAGUUCUCGGUCGUGCUGGGCCUUUGCUAGCACUUCGUCGAGUGCGCUUGUGGAUUGCAGACUUUGCUGAGCUCUGUUCUUGGGUUCAUAAGACGCCCCACUCGUUCUCCUUUGCGAUCAUCAUGCGAUGCAAACUCUGCAGCAAGAAUUACGAUUCCCGCCGCCACGUGCCGCUCAUCCUGCCCUCCUGUGGCCACACCUUCUGCAGGAUGUGCCUUCUAGACCUGGAGGAAGAGGAGACCCAAUUUGAAUGUCCCCGCUGCGACAAGUUGCAUAAAAGACCCUCAGUUCAGGAUCUACAAAUAAACCGGGACUACCUUGAUGAUGAGGAUGACUCUAGAACGGUCGCCAACUACAGGCCCUCGAGUGCUGCGAGCCAAAGUUGCGUCGUUGGAGGAAGUGGUUUCAAAGUCGGUGGCGGCAUUAAUGUCGGAUUUGGGGUAAACGAAAAUGGCGUCAAUCUCGGUGUCAACGUCACGGGGGGGUUGGCAGUCGACGAAUUCAAAGUGGUUGGCAACGCAGGGCUAGGCGUUCAGGCAGGCCCUCACGGCGUCAUGAUUAACGGUCAGGCAGGCUUGGCAGUAGGAUUAGGCCAAGACGCUUUUAUAUGUGGUGGCAAUGCGAGUAUGGGCUUAGAUCCUCUUCCGCGGAUUGGAGCGAAUAGCUCGUGUCAGUAUAUUCCAGGCGGCAGUCGGAGUAUCAUGUUUUGAGUUAAUGAAAUGCUCCACGCGGUGACUGCAACAGUCUCUCUGCUAGAUGAUCCAGAUGCCCUGUGGUUGAAUGCCUACAUACCUAAAGAGCAAGGUGCAAUGAAGAGAAAGAAAUGGGAUGGGAGUUUUCAACUAAGAAGCAGCCUGUAAGGGUCGUGCUCCUGUCCUCUUCUGUUUCCUUUCCAUGACCAUGAGGCGGCUUAAUUACAGCAGAAUACGGUUCAGCGCUUGUCUGAUUUUUUAUUUAUUUUUUAUUUUUUAAUUCUUGCAAUUCUUUCACCAUGGCUCUUUUUCUAUUCAGCCAGACAGUUUUGGAGAUCAGACUUAAAUAACCAUUAUCUAAAAUUAUUGCAGGCAUAAUUUUUUAAAUUAUAUUAUAACGUUGAUACAAACAUUGAUAAAUUGUACAUUUGAAGUAUACAUAUACAUUACUGACCAGCCCAACAGCAUUUUGUAAUAUCGAACAACGUCAAUCCUAUAGUUUCCUGUUAUAUGCAUAGACGAUUUUUUUUUCGCUAAAUACUACAGAAUCAAUGUGAAAGAUGUUAAUGAAUGCAAAAUCACCGAGUGAUUUUUUUUUUUCUUUUUUAAGUGAUAAUAGUUAAAAACCUUACUCGACCUUUCUUCAGUAUCAUUAUUUCUUGUUGAUUUUGUUGGUAACAUGGAUAUGCAUUUUCAAAAUAAUUGAGGGCUUAGAGGAAAAUUGAUUAUUGGUAAUUCGUAUGUUUGGCAGUGUUGGUGGAAAGGUAAAACUGUCUGUCGCAGUAUGCUGCAGUCUUACACAGUAACUUUUAAGUCUUUUUUCCGUAGAUAAACUGAUUAUCUGGUAUGAAUGUAAGGCUUGUUGUAGCCAGACAUUUCAAAAUAGUGUUUUAGAUUUAGUUACAAAAUUUCAUUGUCACACACGCACGGGCGCGUAAUUAUAUGUUUUACUCCUAAACCGUGUCGUACUUCAGAGCUUCCCAGAUCGAGGGCCCUAGUACGCCAGCUUUUAUAUUAGUGUUUUAGUACAUUACGAUUGUAUCAGUAUCUGUUUCUUUUAUUAAAUGUUAGUGGAGGA